CAUUUACUGUUGGUGAUCUUCCUUCUGAUAUGACAGUAUAUCCUCAGCAAUACAAACUGAAUUGUGUAAAAAUUGGAUUCCCUCACUAUGGUAUUAGUAUGAGCAUUGGUAAUACUCCAAUGGUUCAUUACUCAUGUUCUGAUGCCACCUCUUGUUAUUUACCUUGUCCUGGUACUGUGUUAGCUAGUAGAAUGUAUACAACAAGAUAUACUGUUACUAUCACAUGGGAUGGAAUGACUGUCAGUAGUGGAGCAAUCAGUCAAUCAACCACUGGAGAUCAAAAGUAUCAGUGUGCAGUGGUAGUUACUGAUCAACCUACUAGAAGACGUAAUGUAACUAUAAAAGUACCAGCAACUGCUCCCUCAUCUCUUAGGAGUGAUUAUUAA